AACCAAACCCAAAUUGAGGUCCGAAGAGAAACCCGAAGAGGAAAAAGAUAGAAGUUUCCUGAAACAGACAUGUGUGCAGUGAGCCGUUUGCUUUUUGGCAACUUUCCCUUUUCCUUUUCGUCACUCACAACCGUAAUUACGUUUCUCCUUUCCGUUUUUGUAUCUCAAUAGCUUUUAGAUCUAACUCACAUUAAUAAUCAGGCACAAUUCACAAGCAAAGCUCACAAUUACAAUCAUCACUUUAAUCCACUUAAAACAAACGCCUCUUUUAAUUUUAUUCAUAAUUUAAAGUUGCUCUGCUUCGAUCAACUUGAAACAAGAAGAAGCUAGGGUUUAUGCCAUGGCGGACGCUCUCUCCGCGAUUCCCGCUUCUGUUCUUCGUAAUUUAGCUGAUAAGCUUUACGAAAAGCGCAAGAAUGCUGCAUUAGAGGUGGAAGGAAUUGUGAAGCAACUGACUGCGGCCGGAGAUCACGAUAGGAUUUCGGCUGUCAUCAAUUUGCUGACUAAUGAGUACACCUACUCGCCUCAGGCGAAUCACCGGAAGGGUGGAUUGAUUGGUUUGGCGGCGGCUACUGUUGGUCUCACUAGUGAAGCUUCGCAGCAUCUAGAGCAAAUUGUACCACCAGUGAUUAAUUCCUUCUCUGACCAAGAUAGUAGAGUUCGGUAUUAUGCGUGUGAAGCCCUAUAUAACAUUGCCAAGGUUGUGAGGGGUGACUUUAUUGUGUUCUUUAAUCAGAUCUUUGAUGCUUUAUGUAAACUUUCAGCAGACUCAGAUGCCAAUGUACAGAGUGCUGCUCAUCUUUUAGAUAGGCUUGUAAAGGACAUUGUCACGGAGAGUGACCAAUUCAGCAUUGAAGAAUUUAUACCAUUAUUGCGGGAGCGUAUGAAUGUCCUCAAUCCUUACGUCCGCCAGUUCUUGGUAGGGUGGAUCACCGUACUGGACAGUGUUCCAGAUAUCGACAUGCUGGGUUUUCUUCCUGAUUUUCUUGAUGGCCUAUUUAAUAUGUUAAGUGAUUCAAGCCAUGAAAUUCGACAACAAGCUGAUUCUGCACUAUCGGAGUUUCUUCAGGAGAUUAAGAAUUCUCCAUCUGUAGAUUAUGGUCGCAUGGCUGAAAUACUUGUUCAGAGGGCAGCUUCCCCAGAUGAAUUUACUCGAUUGACUGCCAUUACUUGGAUAAAUGAGUUUGUGAAACUUGGCGGGGAGCAGCUUGUUCCGUAUUAUGCUGAUAUAUUAGGUGCCAUUUUGCCUUGCAUAGCUGAUAAAGAAGAAAAAAUAUGUGUUGUUGCUCGUGAAACUAAUGUAGAACUUCGUAGUAUGGAGGCUGAUCCAGCUGAAGGCUUUGAUGUUGGUGCAAUCCUCUCUAUUGCUAGGAGCCAGUUGUCAAGUGAAUGGGAGGCUACUCGCAUUGAAGCAUUACACUGGAUGUCUGCUCUGUUAAAUAGACAUCGGACGGAGGUUCUAACUUUUCUGAAUGAUGUUUUUGACACUCUUCUGAAGGCACUAUCAGAUCCCUCCGAUGCGGUAGUGCUCCUGGUGCUUGAGGUGCAUGCAGGUAUAGCUAGUGAGCCGAUGCAAUUUCGGCAGCUUGUUGUAUUUUUAGUCCACAGUUUUCGUAUUGACAACUCUUUGUUAGAGAAACGGGGGGCUUUGAUAAUACGCCGACUGUGUGUACUUUUGGAUGCUGAAAGAGUUUAUCGUGAGGUCUCCACAAUACUUGAGGGUGAAUCUGACUUGGAUUUUGCAUCUAUUAUGGUUCAGGCUUUGAAUUUAAUUUUACUUACUUCAUCCGAGUUAUCACACCUUCGAGAUCUGCUUAAGAAAUCCUCAGUGAAUGAGGCUGGAAAAGACUUAUAUCUUGCCUUGUAUAAUUCGUGGUGCCAUUCACCUAUGGCAAUAAUCAGUCUUUGCCUAUUAUCUCAGACUUACGAGCAUGCAAGUACUGUCAUUCAGUCUCUGGCCGAAGAGGAUAUCAAUGUUAAGUGCUUAGUUCAGCUGGACAAAUUAAUCAAUUUGCUGGAGACUCCAAUAUUCGCAUAUCUUAGGUUGCAGCUGCUGGAACCUGGAAAGCACAUAUGGCUGUUAAAAGCUCUGUAUGGUCUUCUUAUGCUGUUACCUCAGCAAAGUGCAGCCUUUAAAGUUCUACGGACUCGAUUAAAAACAGUACCAUCCUACUCCUUCAGCGGGGAACAUAUUCACCAAUCAUCAUCAGGAAAUCCUUAUACAAAUAGAUAUAACAUGCCCAGUGGAUCUUAUGAAUCCGGAGAUGGUGAAAUUGAUGAAGACUUGCAAAACGCACACAGUGGAAUGAAUUUUCCGUCCAGGUUGCAGCAGUUUGCGCAAAUGCAGCAGCAGCAUCGUAUGUAUUAUGAAUCUGAAGCACAGUCCCGCUACAGUCCUAUGUUGGCAUCUAAGGAUGUGCAAAGUCCUGAAGAAGCUCCAAGACCUUCUAUCGUGCCAGAAAUUAACAAAUCCUUGUCAAGACUCAAGAUCAGCUCGUAGUGGUCCAGGCCAGCGAUAGCUUUGCAGUUCUUUUCCUCGCCAUGUAAUGAGGCUAGUUUUAGAUGACAGCUGAUGCAAAUAUCAAUGUUUAAGGCAUGGAUGAGGUUAGUUCUGGUAUAAUAUGUAAAUUGUAUGUCAUAGUAGCUUGUUUAGUUAUACUCCCAACCAUGGUCAGGAUGAUGGGUCAAUGAAUUUGAGUUGAGUUUUCCUGAGCUAUUCUUUUUCCCUGUGAACACAUGCUUAAUGUGUCACACAUGCUCAUAUGGUUCUGUUGUUUUUAUUGGAAAACCAUAUGAGCUAUAGGUAGAUAUUAAUUGUAGAAAAUGCCAUUUUUCAAUUAUUAAUGUGCGGCGACAAGUGCCAAAAUAAAGUAUUAUUCUAAUUGUAUAUAUACACAGUUUGUUUCGAGACA